AUGGCGGACACAGAGAUAGUGGGUGAAAAAACCUAUGGGACCAUUCUACCCCAAAAGGAGUAUACAUGGGAGGAAAGGGUUCGGUCUCUCAGGGACAUUGCCAACCAUGGGGGAAGUCUGCCCAUUUGUCUCAAGUGGUGUGCCAUUGCUGGCGAUAUAUCAAAAUAUUUAGGAUGUCGCGACUCCAAAGGAUUAGCUGAUGUGGUGUUGAAGAUCUCAGAAUUAAGGAGGAAAAAGAUCAUCCUUGCCAAGAAAUUAGAAUGGGACAAGACAACGAUGGAUUAUAUCGUUACAGGAGAACAAAUCGAGAUACCAUCAUUUUAUAAAGUGCAUAUCAAUGAUAAGUCCAUGUAA